AUGUCUCCAUCCAACUUGAGCCAAUCCAUCAUCUAUACAGCGUUAAAGUUUUUUUCUGAACAUAUUAUCAAUAAUAUGGCUUCGCCUAGUGGAGCUUCCUCAGGGUCUAGCCAGCUUCAGAACUCGGGUUCUGAAUCAUCUCUCCAGCAAAUAAUGGAUCAAAGGAAGCGAAAGAGAAUGAUAUCAAAUCGCGAAUCAGCAAGGCGAUCAAGGAUGAGGAAACAGAAGCACUUGGAUGAUUUGAUGGGACAAGUGGGUCAACUCAAAAACGAGAGCAACCAUAUUGUCACCAACAUGAACAUCACGACUCAGCUGUACUUGAACGCCGAGGCAGAGAACUCAGUUCUCAGAGCGCGGAUGGCUGAGUUGACUCACAGGUUACAGUCCCUCAAUGAGAUCAUAAACUGCUUGAACUCAGCUGGAAGAUGUACUGAACUCUAUGAAACCGAAGAUGAUCAGAUGAUUAAUUGUGAUGAGUUCUUGAACCCGUGGAAUUUACUCUAUGUGAAUCAACCCAUCAUGGCUUCGGCAGAUGUGUUCAUGUAGUGCUAUGUAAUUGGUUUUGUGGGUAUUUUACUUUGACGUGUUUGGUUAGGUUCUCAAAGGUCUAGUGUGGGGAAGUGGUG